GGGUAAAUAAAGGUUUCUGUGACCUGGUGGUUCUGCAGGGAGACCGAUUUAUCACAGAUAGAACCUGGAAACCUCUGCACGUUCCACUCCUUCUCAAAGGUGUCUUAUAGACAGCCAUGUGGAGGUUUGUCCUGACACUCACUGUGCUCUGCUGGGGAUCUGAUGGAGCAGUGACCUGCAAAAACGAGAAUAAUGCUCAAGUGAACUGGUACAUCUUGUACAAGGCUCCCAACCUUCCUUUAAAAGGUCUAACUGGUCUGGAGUAUGUUUACAUUGAUUCAAGUGGAGCCAGAAAGAUGGUGUCCUCUACACCGAACUUUAAAAGCAUCAAGCAUCCCGACGGAGUCCUGGCAAACACUCUGCGACCCCUCUUAACUCCUAUCAGAUCUAUGCCAAGUACAUUUGGAUUCAUCAGCUACAGUGAUCAACCUCCAGGAAGUAAUGCUUUUGUCAAGUUUGGUCACAGCAAAGGGGUUCUGAUGAUGGAUAGAACCAGCACUGGAGUCUGGCUCAUGCACAGCACACCACAGUUCCCUUUCAGGAGAGACCAGAAUAAUUUCUGGCCUGAAAGUGGAGAACGUAACGCUCAGAUAUUUAUCUGUGUCACAUUUCAAUACACCGAGUUCAGCAAAAUAGGUAUGCAUCUGCAGUACAUUGGAGCCUUCCCAUUUGAACACGAUAUUCCAUUGGACUUUCAUCAAGAACUUAGGGAUGCUGUGAACUGGGUCCAACCUCCCCCACUCAAUACUUUCAGUGAGCUGAUAUCGACUGACUCCACUCAGAAGUUUUACAGCAUUUCUAAACAACAGUUUGAACAGACCAAAGUUGGAGAUCUUUACGUCACUAUUGCACAAGCACUCGGCAGUGAUCUGGAUGUUCAGACCUGGGGCUGCCAGCGUGACGGCCAACGUUCCUAUUGUGUUUCUGGAGUUCAUAAAGUACUCAAUGUCAAAAAUAUAGAGACACAUGUGGGUCACUGGGGGCCUAAACAUGACCACUCAAAGUGGUGUGUAGCUAAAGAUCCAAAUAAACACUGGAUCUGCAUUGCUGAUGUGAACAGGGCACCGACCCAGUACCUGAGGAGGGGGGGUGCACUGUGUUUUGAGAAUACAGGAGUCAAACAAAUGUUUCUGCAGUUUGCUGGGGGCAUUGAAGAUUGUUCUACUCUAAACAUCAUGGACAUGACUGACUGUGAUCCAGAACCUGACACUCACAGGGACCCGGCACUGAUGGGCUGAAGACAGCUCACUCUGCAUGUCUACC